GGCAGGACACGAUUCCCCGCGAACAGCUGUUUUUUUUCUUUUUAAAUAUCUCCCGCCACUGUUUGGAAAAUCAUCUCAGCCUCAUCUUCAAAGGAAAAAAUCUUAGUCUAUGGUUCUGACUGACGCUCCAACAAGGAUGUCCCGGACCGACGAGGUGCACCGUAUAACGGAGAAUGUGUAUAAGUCCAUCAUGGAGCAGUUCAACCCCUGCUUGCGGAACUUCAUAGCCAUGGGGAAAAGCUACGAGAAGGCGCUCACCAGUGUCACAUAUGCUGCAAAGGGCUACUUCGACGCUCUGGUGCGGAUGGGCGAGAUGGCCAGCGAAAGUCAAGGCUCUAAGGAUCUUGGGGAGGUGCUCUUUCAGAUGGCUGAAGUGCACAGACAGAUCCAGAUCCAGCUUGAAGAGAUGCUCAAGUCCUUCCACAACGAGCUGCUCACAGAACUGGAGAAGAAGGUCGAGCUGGACGCACGCUACCUGAAUGCUGCACUGAAAAAGUACCAGAUGGAGCACAAGAGCAAAGGGGAGAGUCUGGAGAAGUGCCAGGCAGAGCUGAAGAAACUGCGCAGGAAGAGCCAGGGCAGCAAGCACCCCUCCAAGUAUGGAGACAAGGAGAUGCAGUUUGUGGAGGCCAUCAGCAAUAAGCAGAGCGAGCUGGACAACUACAUCGCUGAGGGCUACAAGAACGCUCUGUCCGAGGAGAGGAGGAGGUACUGCUUCCUGGUGGACCGCCAGUGUGCUGUGGCCAAGAACAGCACUGCCUACCACAACAAGGGGAAGGAGCUUUUAUCCCAGAAGAUCCCAGUGUGGCAGCAGGCAUGUGCCGAGCCCAACAAACUUCCAGAUCGUGCCAUGUUUCUGGCCCAGCAGAUGAGUGGUGCAGCGGGCACCAUGCCUCCCGGUGCUCAUCAUCCAGGCAUGCCCAUCUCUGAGCCCAUCCCUGGUGUUAAACCCCUGCCGGUGCCUCCGGAACUGGCAGCCCUCAGGGCCAGCGGGGGUAUGGGACAGCAGAGGCUGAUGGGAGGUGUAGACGGAGGGAUGCCGGUGAUGAACGGCACGGCCGGCGCUCACGGAGGAGAAGACUACCAGCAGUGGAUGGAGGGCAAGGUGGCCCAGGGCAAGGUCUCGCCCCAGACCCAGCGGCAUGGAGGGGAGGUCUACUCCAACACCCUGCCUGUGCGCAAGGCCGCACCCGCCAAGAGCAAGACCACACUGACGGAGACCCGUACUCUGCCCCGGUCCAGCUCCAUGGCUGCGGGGCUGGAGAGAAAUGGGAGGACUCGUGUCCAGGCCAUCUUCUCCCAUGCAGCUGGAGACAACAGCACCCUGCUCAGCUUCUCUGAGGGUGACAUAAUAACCCUGCUGGUCCCCGAGGCCCGCGAUGGGUGGCACUACGGAGAGAAUGAGAAGACGAGGAUGCGUGGCUGGUUUCCCUUCUCCUACACCAGGGUGAUCUCUGACAAUGAUGGCGACUCCAUGAGGCAGCUUCGAGUACACAACCUCCACCACGGGAAGAGCAGCAGCACAGGCAACCUUCUAGAGAGAGAAGACAUGGCUCUCCCCGCCCCUGAUUACGGCAUACACUCCCGUAUGGCGGCACAGAGCGCUACUGCGCUGCACGGCAGACAACAACGCCCCUACAGCGUGGCGGUUCCAGGCUUCUCACAGCAAGGAGCUGAAGAGUACGAGCCCCGCUUCCCCACAAGCAAUGAUCCACCCAUCGAGCCGGCUGUGGAGGCCCCGGCCAAACCGCCCCUUUCUGAUGACGAGGACGAAGUGGAGGACGACCAGCUUGAUGAAGCUCACUAUGACUCCCUGGAGAAGGCCUCGCCUCCCCCGGGGGAAUACUGAGCUCUCCCUCAGUUCGGACCAGCUGGAGGUGGAUCUCUGGUGCAGCGCUGCACUAUCCUCCCCUCGGCUGUAACGCUCUGAUUCAGCCGCAUUAUCACAUAGAGCUACGAAAUAAAUGAAAUAUGACCAGCGAAUGAACUGCGUCACAACGAUUCACAUUUACAGUAAUCUCUAUUAGCUGAGAGAUAAUGUAAAUAAAAACUACAACUGAUUUCUAUUUUGAUCUUCUAGCAUGGAAAGCACAGUGAAAGGCAAAGCAGUAUAAAAAUCAGGCUUUGCUCUUGAUUGUUUAGUUGUACUUUCGUAGAAGGCACGUGCUCACAUUUUGGGGUAAUAGUGAUGGACAGCAGCAGAGGUUUCGCUUCCAAAACAUACAAGGAGAAUGUGGUGUGAAGUGAGGAGGAUACGUGUAGAUGUUCACCUGCCGGGGCUCAUUUUCAAAGCCUGAAUUAUUUGCCUCUUACAUUGCGUCACUACCCAGAGACAGACUGCUUCAGGAGACUUCUCAGACCCUGAGAGUCUAGAUGGAGUCGGUGAUCAGUGUGCUUUUUAAAAAAUACAGCUUUCCUGUCCCUGCCUUGUCAGCAAAAGGGCUUUAACGGUAGUAAACUACACAUCUCAUCAGGUGUUUCACCUUUUAGCCUCACCUGUUAAUACUGCCUUCUUAAAGGGCACAAAUGUGGUCGUCAAAAGAAAAAAACCUGCGAGAAAACAGAAAAGUCUGUUCUCUGUCUGAACCGAGGCGGAUGAUGUGAAAUACAAGAAGUCAGAUGUUUGAGGAAGAAGAUGAGGAUUAAAAAAAAAAAAGUGUACUGAAACACACCAGAGAGAAUAGAAUAUAGCCAGAAAAUCAGCAGUAUAUGUGGAAUAAAUUUGUGCUGAGCGAUAGCAUCAAAACUGAUAAGCACACUACUCAUAGUACUGUACCUUCAAUUAAUUGUAUACUCACACGAAAUCUUAUAUUCUGUAACAUUAGUUAUAAGCAGCACUGUAGGUGUUUGUACCUGCAGUAAUAAUGUACUGUACUGGUUCUCAGAUUUCAUUGAUUCAUUUUUUCUUUUUUGAUUAAUAUUGUUUUUAGUGAACAAGCAGUUUGUAAGAUCUUGUUAAAGCAACAUUUUCGACAGAAAUUCUUCAAUAACACAAUGAACAGGAGAGAAACUUUGCGAUUGCAUAUUGACUGUAAUGUGAGAAACAGAGUUGCACUGGUAUAGGUCAUUAUGAGUUAGACUGAGCUGCUAAUUGUUUUUUCCUUUAUUUGCCCAGGUUUUGAGAGUUUUCUGACUCCACCCCAAAACAGUCAAGGUGUAUGGAAUUCACUUACAGAGUUACAGAUAUCUAAAGGUCACAUAUUUUACACUUUUACAGCGUUUUAUUUGAAGUUUUGAUCCAUAAGAAGAUAUAUAAA